AGGUCACAGGUCAAGACAAUUUGGGUUCCACUUGCAAGUUUGCUUCAGUCCUUUCCUGAUCCCUUCCCUCUCUCUCUCUCUCUCACCGCAAAAUACAAAAAUAGGGAACCAUGAAUUAAGGAAUUAGAACAAAGAAAAAACUGGAUUUACAUUACUUCUGAAAGAAAAUUGACAUUAAUCAAUAAUCAUCCGAAAUGCUUCGCUUGCUCUUCACGAUCCUUGUGUUGAUUUUCAUGCUUUACUUGCUUUGCCCAACCAGUGCAGCAGCCCCUACUUACAGCGUCCACUAUUGCACAAAUACAACUAUUUUCACCCCCAAUAGCACUUACCAGGCCAAUCUCAACUCCGUUCUCUCCGCUCUUGCCUCCAACGCCACAAGCAGCAAUGGAUUCUACAACUUUUCUGCUGGCAGAGAACCCCCUGAUGUUGUGUACGGUCUCUUUCUCUGCCGUGGCGACCUCUCUCCAGUUGCCUGUAAAGAAUGCGUGGACACAGCAGCCAAAGAGAUAAUCCGCCGCUGCCCCAAAGAAAAGGAAUCUUAUAUUUGGUAUGAAGAAUGUUUAUUACGUUAUAAUAACCAGUCUAUCUUCUCCAUCAUCAGAGAAGUGCCUGGCUUUGAUUUGCCUGAUCCACAGAAUGUUACGGAACCAGAGCGCUUCAAUCAGUUGUUAGCCAGUACAAUGAACAGUUUAGCUUCAAAAGCAGCAUCUGAACAAUCCGUUAAAAAGUUUGCAACUGAUGAAGAAAAGUUUACGAGUUCUGAAACACUUUACAGUCUAGUGCAGUGCACGCCAGAUCUCUCUGAGUACCUUUGCAAUAGAUGUUUUCAAUCUGCAAUAGCUGGUCUUCCCAUGUGCUGCAUUGGGAAACGAGGUGGAAAGAUUCUGCUUCCAAGCUGUGUUAUUAGGUACGAACUGUUUCCGUUCUACCGAGUCAAUACCACUGUUCCAGUACCCUCACCUUCAACAACAAAAGGUAAAGGAAAAAGACAGAUCUCAGUACAGAUAGUUGCUGCCAUUAUUAUUCCCGUAGUUAUAUCCUUGGUGCUACUGGCCCUGGGCAUUUGUUUUCUAAGGAGGAGAGCAAUGAAGAAAUACAAUGCCUUAAGAGAACAAAAUGUUGGGGAUGAAAUUACAGAUGUUAACUCCUUGCAAUUUGAUUUGGCCAUAAUCCAGUCUGCCACAAACAACUUCUCUGCUGACAACAAGAUAGGUGAAGGUGGAUUUGGUACAGUGUACAAGGGUAAACUGUAUAAUGGGCAAGAAAUAGCCGUGAAGAGGCUAUCAAGGGACUCUGGGCAAGGUCUAACAGAGUUUAAGAAUGAGGUGAUGUUGGUCGCUAAGCUUCAGCACAAAAAUCUGGUGCGGCUACAGGGAUUUUGCGCAGAUAGAAAAGAAAAGAUACUUGUAUACGAAUAUGUGCCUAAUGGAAGCCUUGACCGCUUUCUAUUUGACACUGAAAAACAAGGAAAGCUGAAUUGGCCAAGACGCUACAAGAUUAUUGAAGGAAUUGCUCGGGGUUUGUUUUACCUUCAAGAAGACUCGAGGGUGAGAAUUAUCCAUCGUGAUCUCAAAACUAGUAAUAUUUUAUUAGAUGAGGAUACAAAUGCGAAAAUUUCAGAUUUUGGCAUGGCAAGAAUUUUUGGGGUGGAUCAAACGCAAGCAAAUACAAGAAGAAUUGUUGGUACCUUUGGGUAUAUGGCUCCAGAGUAUGCAAUGCUUGGACAUUACUCUGUGAAGUCAGAUGUAUAUAGUUUUGGAGUCUUAAUUCUUGAGAUAAUAAGCGGCAAAAAGAACAGUUCUUUUUGUCAAUCAGAUGGAGCUGAGGACCUCUUGAGCUAUGCAUGGAAACAUUGGUGCAAUGAGACACCACUGCAAUUUAUGGAUCCAGUUCUCAGAGAUUCUUAUAAAAGAAAUGAGAUCAUUAGAUGCAUGCAUCUUGGUUUGUUGUGUGUUCAGGAAAAUCCAGGUGAUAGGCCUACCAUGAAAUCAAUAAUUAUCAUGCUUAGCAGUUCCUCCAUUGCUUUGCCACUGCCAGAACAACCUGGAUUUUUCCUUCACGGUGGAACAGACAUGAAUACCCAAUCAAAGGAGCUGGAAUCUAAUCAAUCUGCUAGUAGGUCUAUACAAUUAUCUGUCAAUGAAAUGUCAGUUACUGAAUUAUACCCUCGUUAGAGCAAGUAAUUAGCCGAUAAUAAGGUUUCUGUAAAAGCUUGUUGAUCGAGAAUAUUGGUUUACAACAUUUUUUUAUCACAUUGAUUAUGAAAGUGUUUGGUUUGAUUUAUAAA